GCAGCUGCAGUGGCUCUCGUCUUUUCUGACUGUCCUUGCUAUCUCCCUUUCGCGUCCGGAAACAUGCCCCUGGUGUGGCAGUCUCUGAUCGUGUCAUCAAAGUCUUCAAUGACAUGAAGGUUCAAAAUUCCUCAACACCAGAGGAGGUGAAGAAGCGCAAGAAGGCAGUACUCUUCUGCCUGAGCAAAGACAAGAAGAGCAUCAUCCUGGAGGAGGGCAAGGAGAUCCUGGUGAGUGAUGUGGGCCAGACCGUAGACGACCCCUAUGCCAUCUUUGUCAAGUUGCUGCCAGACAAGGACUGCUGCUAUGCCCUCUGUGAUGCCCCCUACCAGACCAAGGAGAGCAAGAAGGAGGACCUGGUGUUUAUCUUCCGGGCACCUGAAUGUGCACCCCUUAAGAGCAAAGUGAUUUAUACCAGCUCCAAGGACGCCAUCAAGAAGAAGCUGACAGGGAUCAAGCGUGAAUUACAAGCAAACUGCUACGAGGAGGUCAAGGACCACUGUCUCUUAUACAAUGUAUUCAUUAAAUUCCUUUUGAUUUAA